AUGGCACUUGGAUUUCUACCCGCUCAUGAAAUUAAAAAAGCUUAUCAAGAUAUUAUUAAACCACAAAUGAAAGCUGUUCCAGCUACACCAGUAGCUUUACGACACAACUUACGUUUUAACAACAAAAUGGCAGCACAAUUAUCCACACAUCCACAUCUUUAUAAAUUAAUUAUUUGGUUUGAGAAGGAGGAGCUGCUGGUGCAACAAUUAUUCGAAAAAAUUCGUUCAGCUAUACCUCUCCACAAACGAAAACAAACUGAAAAAACAAUUCUCAUUAAUGAAUCAUUAUACUCAUUGUGGGAUUCAUAUAAAAAGGAAAAUUAAACGUGAGAAAAUUAUUAUCAGAGUCAUCAAAAUGGGUGGCAAAAAAAGUUUAACAAAAAUACCAAAGUCAAAACAAAUUAGCAUUUAUAUCUACUUCUAUCUUUUUUAUAGUAUGUUGUUACUUAUGUUCAUCAAUAUAUUAUUAUUUUGUUACCUACAGUACAAAGUUGCCAAUAUUUUUUUCUUGUUCAUUUAAUAUAAGAUGGUUAUAGAACUUUUGAACUAAACUUGUACAAUAUUACGCGUGCUUAAAACAAUUGUUUGUUUUUUUUGUUGUAAACAACUUGUUUUCUUAUUUUUCAUAUUUUAAAUAAAACUUAUAAGAAACAUUCAAUAUAACACAAAUAAUUAUUUCACUCAUAUAACAAAACAUUUGUGCUCCGUCCGCACAAUAAUACAAUACUAUAGCCUGAGACUGUGGUUCCGAAAGCAACUAUAUACCAACGGCAAUAAACAUACCCAUUUUUAAAAAACUAUUUUCUUUCAAGUAUAUAUCCAUAGUCAGUACUAUGAUUUAAAAAAGUGCACAAUACCUAAUGAAUAUUCAUCGAUUGCUUACCAAAUAUAUAUUACUCGUUAAACAUAAUGGCUAUUUAUACUCGAGUAAAUGUCCACUAAACCUUAAUAAAAAUUACUAUUCUAAAAUCUGACAACCAACGAUACCACAUUAUUAAUGAACUCAUAACCUGCCUCAAUACAUAUGAUACAAUCUGGUGACCACUUAUAUCACACUAAUAUCAAACUAAUAACUGCUAUAAAUAGCUCUCAUAGAAUCUGGUGACCAGUUCUAUCACAUUUAUUUCGAACUGAUAACUACUGCAACAGGUAUCUAAGCAUCUGGUGAC